CCUGGCCUCCUCCCGCGGGCUCUAGCGAGCCGAAGCGCUCAAAGCUGCACCGGGAGCUUAGCGGAGUGCAUUCCCACCGUCUCGGCAGCCUCUUCACCUCCCUCCCGUCAUGAGACUCCGUAGUGGGCCUCUCGCCUCCCUGCUCCUCCUGCUUCAGACGCAGGUUUGCUGGCUACUAAGCGUGGCCUCCCAGCCCUACCCGGCGGGCUUCGGGGAGGCUGAAGUGACCUUGGAGAUGGGAGGAACUGGUCUGGAGCCGAGCCAAGCGCUGGGGAAAGUGGCUCUUUCUGGCACUGGGCUCCUGUGGGCUGCUGGUGGCUCACUAUGGUUGUUAAGCCCUGGUACAGUCCAGGCAGCGAAGGCUGCGGUGAGCUCCCCGCCCAGACGCAUCCUACGGAGACGCAAGAGAGAGUGGGUGAUGCCGCCGAUAUCAGUCCCCGAGAAUGGCAAGGGUCCUUUCCCUCAGAGGCUGAAUCAGCUCAAAUCUAACAAGGACAGGGGCACCAAGAUCUUCUACAGCAUCACUGGGCCUGGAGCUGACAGUCCCCCUGAGGGCGUCUUCACCAUAGAGAAGGAGACAGGCUGGUUGCUGUUGACUAUGCCCCUGGACAGGGAGAAGAUUGCCAAGUAUGAGCUUUUUGGCCAUGCAGUGUCUGAGAAUGGGGCUUCUGUGGAGGAGCCCAUGAACAUCUCCAUCAUCGUGACAGACCAGAAUGACAACAAGCCCAAGUUCACUCAAGAGACCUUCAGAGGGAGGGUUUUGGAGGGGGCAACGCCUGGCACGUCGGUGAUGCAGGUAACAGCCACAGAUGAGGAUGAUGCCAUCAACACGUACAAUGGGGUGGUGGCUUACUCCAUCCAUAGCCAAGAACCAAAGGAGCCGCACGACCUCAUGUUCACCAUCCACAAAAGCACUGGGACCAUUAGUGUCAUCUCCAGUGGCCUGGACCGGGAGAAAGUCCCCGAGUACACGCUGACCAUCCAAGCCACAGACAUGGAUGGAGAGGGCUCCACCACCACAGCAGUGGCCAUAGUGGAAAUCCUUGACGCCAACGACAACGCUCCCGAGUUUGAACCCCAGAAGUAUGAGGCCUGGGUGCCUGAGAACGCAGUGGGCCAUGAGGUGCAGAGUCUAACGGUGACUGAUCUGGAUGCCCCCAACUCCCCGGCGUGGCGUGCCACCUACCGAAUCGUCGGAGGUGAUGAUGGAGACCAUUUUACCGUCACCACUCACCCAGAGACCAACCAGGGCAUCCUGACAACCAAGAGGGGCUUGGAUUUUGAGGCUCAGAGCCAACACACCCUGUUCAUAGAAGUGGCCAACGAGGCUUCCUUUGUGGUGAAGCUCCCGACUGCCACUGCCACCGUAGUGGUCCACGUGGAAGAUGUCAAUGAGGCCCCUGUGUUUGUCCCACCUUCCAAAGUCAUCGAGGCCCAGGAGGGUAUCUCUAUUGGGGAACUAGUCUGCGUCUAUACUGCGCAGGACCCAGACAAGGAGGCUCAGAAGAUCAGCUACCACAUCUUGAGAGACCCAGCUGGCUGGCUAACCAUGGACCCGGACAGUGGUGAAGUCACGGCUGCAGGCAUCUUGGAUCGUGAGGACGAGCGUUUUGUGAGGAACAACAUCUAUGAAGUCAUAGUUUUGGCCACAGACGAUGGGAGCCCUCCCACCACUGGCACUGGGACCCUCCUGCUAACGCUUACCGACAUCAACGACCAUGGCCCACUCCCAGAACCUCGCCAGAUCACCAUUUGUAACCAAAGCCCUGUGCCUCAAGUGUUGAACAUCACAGACAAGGACCUGUCGCCCAACUCCUCCCCUUUCCAGGCCCAGCUAACACAUGAUUCGGACAUCUACUGGAUAGCAGAAGUCAGCGAGAAAGGAGACACCGUGGCCUUGUCCCUGAAGAAGUUCCUGAAGCAAGACACCUAUGAUUUGCACCUUUCUCUGUCUGACCAUGGCAACAGGGAGCAGCUAACCAUGAUCAGAGCCACUGUGUGUGACUGCCAUGGCCACGUGGAGAUCUGCCCCCCACCCUGGAAGGGAGGUUUCGUCCUCCCCAUCCUGGGUGCUGUCCUGGCUCUGCUGACCCUUCUGCUGGCGCUCCUCUUGUUGGUGAGAAAGAAAAGAAAGGUCAAAGAGCCCCUUCUGCUCCCAGAGGAUGACACCCGUGACAACGUCUUCUAUUAUGGUGAAGAGGGUGGUGGCGAAGAGGACCAGGACUAUGACAUCACCCAACUCCACCGGGGGCUAGAGGCCCGGCCCGAGGUGGUUCUCCGCAACGAUGUGGCACCAACCUUCAUCCCCACACCCAUGUACCGUCCCCGGCCAGCCAACCCAGAUGAAAUCGGCAACUUCAUCAUCGAGAACCUGAAGGCUGCUAACACGGACCCUACCGCUCCGCCCUACGACUCCCUGCUCGUGUUUGACUACGAGGGCAGUGGCUCCGAUGCUGCCUCCCUGAGCUCCCUCACCUCCUCCGCCUCCGACCAGGACCAGGACUACAACUACCUUAAUGAAUGGGGAAGUCGAUUCAAGAAGCUGGCUGACAUGUAUGGGGGCGGCGAGGAUGACUAGGCUACCCAGCCCAAGCCAUCCAGCAAGAACUAAAGAUCAGGUCGCAGCAGCGUCUCCAAGGGAGCCUAGCUUCCACUUCGGCCGAGGACUCUGGAGCUUGCCAGGAAGCGACCUGUGUAGCACACUGCCUCUGACAUGAAGGCUGGACUGUAAGCCUUUCAGAUGGAAGGGUGUGGCAUUGACUUUGACAUUGAUUCCCUCUCAGCCAAGGUUGCUUCAGAUCGCUGAACUUCUAGAGGUCUCUCACCACUGCACAAUGCUCAGCCCUGCCCUUUCAGGGCCAACUUGCUCUGAUGCCCUCUCUUUAGAAGAGGCUUCUUACUGUAGCCUUUUUUUUUUUUUUCUUAAUGCAUUUCUCAAAAAGUUAGAGGCUGGGGGUGGGGAGGGGUCAGUGUCCCCUCAGGCCUUCCGGAAGAGAAGCCUGCAGGGCUCACUGGUCCUGGUGCAUUUCUCUGAUCUCUAGGCCUUGAGGCUUCACAUUGAGAUGGAUCGUUGCAUCAUCAUCAUUAUUUUUUUUUACUGAGUAUGUCUAAAUUGUCUUGCAUUUUUUAUUUUCUCUGUUGCGUGUAGAUGGAGAGUGAUGACAAUCGUGUAAAUGUUCUGGAAUUUUUUUUAUUAAACAGACUUUUCCCAGAAGUGGUAGGAGAGUGGAUUUAAAACAAAAUGCUUAACUAAUUCUAAUUCUCAUACUCUACCAUGCAUUUAUGAGAAGAGUUCUGUUUAGUGGUUCUCAGACUUUUUAUAAGCUCUUGCAAACCCCCUCACUUCUCAGCCUCCCCCUUGCGGUAUAGAUGCGCUCAGCAUUCAUUCGAGUGCUCUGUGGGCUCCAUUGAUCUCAGGGCAGGAAGGAGGAAGUAAUUCUGUGACAGGCAGAGGUGGGUACCAGCCUCCUCUUCCUGCAGCUUCAGAGCUCUGAGAGAACCCAAGUUAACUUCCUUCCCCGGGAACUGAGUGGCCGAGCCUGCAAUUAAAGCAUUUGGGAGGUGAAAUCAGGCAUUCAAGGUCAUUGUGAGCUACGCAGCAAGUCUGAGGCCAGCGACUGGGGGGAAGGGAGAGAGGGAUCGUGGGUGGUGUCUACCUGUAAUCCCAGCAUGCAGAGGCUGAGGCAGGAGCUCUCAAAUUGAAGGUCAGCCUGAGUUAUAUAUCAAAGCUCUUGUCUCAGAAAACAAAAAUGCUUUCCAGACCAACCAGAGCUUUGUGGUGAGACCUGUCUUAAACAAACAAACAAACAAACAAAGGUUGGAUGGAUUGAUAACCUGCCUCAUGGUAAGUACUGCCACUUACUCAGGACUUCCCAAGCCCCACAGCACUUAACUUUGCAGACUUCUUUAAACUUGGCCUCAUUCCUUUGUGGGAGUGUUUUGGUGUUUUUUGUUUUAACUUUGUUUUGUUUUUAAAUGAUAUGUCAAAACCAAGCAAAAUGGGAAAUUGGAGAAUUCACUCAGAGUGUUGGUCAAAUUAGAAUAAAUUAGAAUGUUCCUGAUACUGCCCGGGAGUCAGGAUGACAUCAUCUUUAAA